GGUCGAUGCGCAAGCGCUGCACCAACGGCAUGCGCCUGGGACUUGCGCACGAGUUCCAACACCGAUACGACUUGGCCAUACAACAGUACAACAUCGUCAAAGAAUGGAUCAGGGAGGGGUUCACUCUGUUGAAGAGUGAGCACGGAUCAGCCCCGCCCGUGAAGUACGAGGCACUGGCGGAGACCAAUGGAGAUACGACUAUAGCCAGCAGUGCCAUAGAAUCAGCCCCACUAGACACGUGCAAAUCGAAUGUUCCGGUUUCCGCUGCGGAUAAAGCGGGACGGGUGGCGCCACCGGCGGAGGCUGCCACGGAAGCGCCGGACGAUGUGCUGCAGUGACAGAUGUGCCAGUUAAUGAGAGCACG